AUGGUCACACAGAGUGCAAAGCUGGCGGCUGCCAGCUCACUCGAUGUAACUUUGGAAGAUGAGAAGACCAAAGGCGACAAGCGCGAGCGCGUCGUCAUUCUUGGUUCUGGCUGGGGUGGCUACACACUUUCGCGUCGUUUGUCUCCUAAGCAAUACCAUACAACUGUUAUUUCUCCACGCUCCUACUUUGUGUUCACUCCCCUCCUGACGGACGCCGCGAGUGGAUCAUUGGAAUUUUCCAAUAUCGUCGAGCCAGUUCGAGACAAGUCUGCGCAAGUGGACUUUAUCCAAGCCGCGGCCCAAAGUCUCGACUUGAAAAAGAAGACCGUCUCGUGCGAGGCUACCGUGGUCAAGAGCGGCGUGACGGAAUCGGCGCGGACCUCUGAUCAAGAAGACAAAGAUUCAAAAGAGCCCUCAGAAAAGCCAGGCAAGGGAUUACGGUCCUGGGAGCAGGGAGAGUUGAUCGAAGUUCCUUACGAUAAGCUCAUCAUCGCUGUCGGUGCGGUCAGUCAAACUUUCGGUACUCCGGGAGUCCAAGAAAAUGCGCUGUUCUUCAAGGAUGUCGGCGAUGCGAAGCGCGUGAAGCGGCGCCUGCGCGAGUGUUUCGAGCUGGCUGUACUUCCAAGCACGACGCCCGAGGUGCGCAAGUGGCUCUUGCAUUUUGCGAUCGUGGGUGGUGGGCCUACCGGCUCUGAACUUGCGGCAAAUCUGCGUGAUUUCAUCAACGAAGACCUGUCAAAGGUGUACCCCAGUCUCCAGGGAAUCCCCCAGAUCAGCUUGUACGAUGUGGCUCCCAAGGUGCUGUCUAUGUUUGACGAAUCGCUUGCGCGCUAUGCGAUGGAUACAAUGAAGAAAGAGGGUAUCAACGUCCAAACGUCUCACCACAUCAAGGGUUUGCGAUGGGGCGCACCGAGGGCCCCGCCGCCUCAUCACAUGGACCCCAAGCGCUGCUUAACCCUCAUCACGGAAGAAGAGGGCGAGAUUGGUGUUGGAAUGUGUGUGUGGGCCACAGGAAAUGCCAUGCCCAAGUUCAUUCGGAAGUCGCUCGGCCAGGUGGACGAUUUGCCCCAAGAUAUCGCUGUGUUGAAGACCAAUGAAGAAUCCCCGUCAAACUCUGGUGAACAAACGACUACCUGGGAAUUUAAGAAAGUGCCCAAGAAAGACGCACUCAUGGUCGACGGACAUCUACGAGUUCAACUCGUCAACGAGCACGGAGAGACCGCCGUGCUCAAGAACGUCUUUGCACUGGGCGACAAUGCCAUGCCCGAAACUGGAGCGCCUCCCGCCACCGCGCAAGCUACAUUUCAAGAGUCCAAGUGGCUCGCGGAUCGUUUGAACAAGGGCGAUAUCGAACACAUUCCGCCAUUUUCUUUCCGCAACAUGGGCACCCUUGCCUAUAUUGGCAGCGAAAAGGCCUUGAUGCAGUUUCCCCAUGAUAUGCAUGAUCCCAGCAAACGCAGUAAAUAUCUCCCCGGUGGAAUCAAGGGCUAUGUGGCGCGAAUUGUGUGGAAUGCCGCGUACAUCACCAUGUCGAUUAGUUGGAGGAACAGACUUCGGAUUUUGUUCCGGUGGACACUGAACAAGCUGUUCGGAAGGGACGUGGCACGCUUCUAA